AUGUCUGGCAUCAAGAUCAGAUCUGUGGCGAUCAUUGGUGCCGGUGCCUCAGGUGCUAUCUCUGCGGCUGCAUUCGCGUCGGAAGACUAUUUCCAUCGUAUUAGAGUCUUUGAAAGAAAGAGCAAUCCUGGGGGCACCUGGAUAUAUGAUCCAGACCCAGGGCCCGAUCUUAAGCUUUACCCUGGUGCCCUACCUCCUGAGACCGAUCCACCGCUCCGCAUCCCGGAUCAUCUGCCAAGGACUACGGCCCCAAGCAAACAAGAACGAUAUGACAGAACGCCUAUAUACGAUGACCUGACGACGAAUGUUCCUGAUAUUGCCAUGUCCUUCUCAGAUUCCCGUUUUUCCUAUGGCCCUUUCCCACCUCACUGGGUGCCGAGACAAUACAUAGCCAAUUACUUCUCCGAGCAUCGAACGGACUCCUUGUUGGUUUUGAACACUACUGUCGAGGAUGUGUCAAGACUACCCGAAGAUAGGUGGCGCAUAACGCUGCGACAUUAUGAUGCUGUCAAGCAUGUAGAUGUGUGGUGGGAGGAAGAUUUUGAUGCCGUGGUGAUCGCCAACGGACAUUAUACAGUACCCUACGUUCCUAAGGUGAAAGGUCUCGACGAAUAUCUCCGUUUGUUUCCAGGGCGAGUUGUACAUUCCAAAAUUUACCGGAAUCCACGAAUAUGGAAAGAUAAAAAUGUUGUAGUAAUUGGAAAUUCAGCCUCUGGUCACGAUGUCACAGCUGGUCUUGCAGGCCAUGCUCACCUUCCUGUCUAUCAGUCUCGACGAUCAGUUUCACGAUGGGAAGGAGAUAAGCCUCCGCCAGGCGUUGAAUGGAAACCUGUUAUCAGAGAAUUCCUACCCACGGGCGAAGUCGUGUUCGAGGACGAUUCGGUGCUCACAGAUAUUGACACCAUCAUAUACUGUACGGGCUACAAAACCUCAUUCCCACUCUGGAAUGAGAAAGCCAAUGGUUCGGCGCUUUGGAACUACGAACAGAAUCGUUUGAAAGGAAGCUUUUGGCACACGUUCUUUCCCCAAUAUCCAACGCUAGGCAUAGUUGGUGUACCGAGAGUACUUACAUUCCGGUCAUUCGAAUAUCAAGCUAUUGCACUGGCGCGGGUUUUCUCUAAGAGAAACGCUUCGCCACUUCCACCCAAAAAGGAACAGGAGCAAUGGGACAGAGAUAGGUGGCAACUGGUGAGUAAAGAGCAUCGCAAGUUCCACGACAUAAUAUGGGAGAAUGGAGAAACGCUUGAUUGGCUCCGUAACCUCUUCGAAUUGGCAGGGCUCCCUGUUCUGGAGGGCCAUGGAAGAUGUCCACCAGUCUUGAAUGAUGAGACAAGAUGGGCGAUUGAGCACAUUAAGAAAUAUCCCGAGCCUGGAAGGCAUGAGCUGGAGAAUGAGGAUUGGACCAUAGUCAGGACAACGAAGGAUCUCCUCCAUUUUAUCUAG